AUGAUUCGUACCAAUAUAACAACAAUCAAAGACUUCAUAAUAACUGGAUUCCCAGGACUUCAUCGAACAUAUUAUGGACCAGUGUCUGCAUUACUUUUGUGCACCUAUUUUGUAAUUUUUGUUGGAAAUACUCUUAUUUUAGUUUUUGUUGGAUUUGAGAGACGUCUUCAUAAGCCAACCUAUCUGAUUUUCUGUCACCUGGCAAUGAAUGAUUUAUUAUUUGGUACAGUGACCUUACCAAAAAUAAUAUCCAGAUAUUGGUGGGAUGACAAAAUAGCAUCUUUUGGUGCCUGUUUCACUCAGAUGUACUUUGUGCAUUCCUUGGGAGCAAUUAAUUCUCUCCUUCUGCUGAUUAUGGCCCUUGAUCGUUUCAUUGCAAUUUGUCUUCCUUUCAAAUACCCAGUUAUUAUUACAAAUAACGCUAUUUCUAUUGCUUGUGGGUUUUCAUGGAUUGGGACAUUUGUGAGGAUGAUGGCAAUUGUAUUACAUGCCCUUACCUUGCCUUACUGUGACUCUAACCUCAUUUUGCAAUGCUAUUGUGACCACUUUUCAAUUACAAGGCUGGCAUGUGGUGAAAAUGUUAAAUAUGUUGUGAAUGUUGCUUUCGGUUUUGCAAUGUUUAGCCUCCUGCUCCCACUUUCAUUUAUAUUGUUUUCUUAUUUUUCUGUCUUUGUAGUUGUUUUGAGAAUACCAAACACAGAGGGCAGAUACAAAACCUUAUCAACUUGUACACCACAGUUAUUAAUUUCCUGCCUAUAUUACCUUCCUAGAUGUUUUGUUUAUCUGUCUAAUGUGAUAGGAUUUACUUUCAGUUUGGAUGUCCGCAUUUCCCUCAUAUUGUUGUACAGUCUUCUUCCUUGUGCUGUUAAUCCAGUUAUAUAUUGCUUCAAGACCAAGGAAAUUAAAGAUAUUUUGAUGAGGAGAUUUAAAAAAGCUACCGUUGGAAUGAAGUAA